AUGGCGGAGAUUCUCGGGACUGUGGUCGGCGUUGUAUCGCUGGGAAUUCAACUCUGUUCCGGGAUCAAUACGUAUCUCGAAGGCGUCCAGUGCCGCAAGGAGGAUAUCGAGUCAACUGUCAGAAAAGUCGAAUUCCUGAAAUCGAUUAUAGAUCAGAUUCAAGGCGAUGAAGGCCGUCUAGCGCCUACUAACACGAAUGAUGCUGUAUUGAAAGCCAUGUCCAAUGCGAGAGUAGAACUGUUGCUUCUCGACGAAUUUAUUGGCAAGGUCUACGCAAAUGACAGCUCUACCACGCCCGAAACCUUCAGGGGUAAAAUCAAGGGCCAAACGCAGAAAUUUCUUUAUCCAUUUCGCAGAGAUCAUUUGGAUCGCCUCAAUGGCCGGCUUGACGCCGCAAACGACGCCUUACAAGCGGCCUUGCAGACUCUUCAAAUUAGUUUUACGUCGGAUAACAACAAAGUUUUGAAGAGACUGGCCAUGGGCGUUGAUUCGAUGAGAUUGGAGGUACAGGAGGGCAUCGUGUUGCUUUCUGCAGUCCAACAAGAGAGCAUUGCCCUAAGAGAUGACAUUGCGGCUUUGAAAGCCUCAGCAUUGUCCUCUCCUAGCCCCAUGGCAGCCAUCCAGACAUUGACAUCAAAAUCAAGCGGAUUGAAGAUGAUUUGCGACAUUGUGGGAGCCCAUCAUUUACCGGAACAACCAGUAGAUGUCCCGGAAUCUAGUUCGAGUGAGUAUGGCAACUUCUACUCAAAGUUCAAAUGCCGUUGCAGCUUCAGACGCAUUGCAAGGCGCAGGAAACGACAAUUCGGCCCAGCCUUUCUGCUGGAAGAGACUGUCCAUGAAAAUGAACACGAGAUUGGAUGCUUCUUCGCAACGCCCGGCUCAACUGCAAAUAACAAAUGGUCUGCUGGGAUUUCGGUAAAAGCCUUUCGAUUCCUAGUGUCCACGGCCGUUACUGUCACGAUGUCUAGUACCUUCGGAGCAGGGGGCUACAGUAUAGCGCCCUCAUUUACUUAUUUCCACGUUCACGCAAAAAGCCCCGCUUUCGAAGUCAUAAGAAUACUCAAAGAUGCGUUUUGUUCGAGCAACUGGAGUGACGAAGAGUCAGAGAAUCUUCUCGAACGAGGCAUCCGAACCAUACGGACGAGUUUUGAAAAGAGAAUGUCAUCCCCUUUUGACGUAGAUUUCUCCGACGAGACGUUAUUGCACUCUGCUAGUUUUGCCUCAGACAAUCAUUGGUAUCGACCACGCAACUUGUUGCUGAAGUACCUUUUGGAUGCAAAGGUGCCAAAAGAUCGUCCGGACGCUCGUGGAAGGCUUCCCUUCCAAGAUGCUUUGGGCACCUCAUCCUGGGGUGGUUGUGAAUCCCAUGGCACUCAGGCGGUUGAUAUGCUUGUUCCCGACGAGUCCAUUAUGGCUUUAGAAAUCCGGGAAAUUGAUCGUAUAUACGCUGGCCACCCGACAGAGGCAAUCUUUUUAAGAAAGGGAAAAGAUCUGUUUGAAGCUUUGAAGAAAACCACUUCCGUAUUAGACCUAUCCGCAGUGGAUGCAGGCGGCCACACCGCUCUGCACCAUUUAGUCGGUUGGCAUGAGGGCCUCAAAAUGGUCCUGCAGAACUUUGGCAAGUCUAUUCUCCAACUAUACGACAAUAGCGAAACUCCGGCACUACAAGUUGCACUGUAUUGGAGCGGUCACCUUUGCACAAGCCCAAUCUCAAUAAGGUGCUCAGAAACUUGUUCCUGUGCGGCUACAGUUAAGCUUCUGUUGGAUGUCGAUAGGGAUUGUCUUCUGAGAGCAGUCUCGCGGGGGUUUUUCCUCUCGAGUAUGGGUGAAGCAUCUGCCAAAGCGCGAGAUUUGGUUUUGGAUGAGCUCACGCAUCGUCGUCAGGCAUUGAAAGAUUUUGCCAGUUUGGAAUUGAAGCCCGCACUUGUCGACCGCUUCGGCCUACGACUUCCAGGGGUACUCGACUUGCAUAUUCACAAUGUAUUAGAUGAACUCCAGAAAGCGGGAAAAGCAGUCCCUCGAGAACUUCAGACAGAGCUUUAUGACGAAAAACCAUCAACUUCUGUAUAUCACAGGCUGGGAAAUUUGAAUCGCAACGUCAGACAUUUAUCGGACGCCUUUUAUUCCAGAGGAUUUCAAGAUAUUGACAUACCCAGCUCGGAUGGCUCCACUCCAUUGAUCCAAUCAUAUUACUCACAGCACUCCGUAUGGCUCAUAGAGCACGGCGCGCGCUUAGAUGCCCGAGUGCCAGGGGAAGUUGACGGAUACACGGCUGCGCAUUACCUGUUUACGCGAACGGAUAAACAUGCAUGGGGAACGGAAGAUAUGAAGCCAACACUGUUGGAUGUUCUACGAAGCCGUGUUGGUGAAGACUGGAAUCUUGACAACUGCGUCUGUGCCUGCUCUAGCAAUGGCUGUCAUCCUUACACAACGAUGUGGAAGGAAUACUUAUUCUGGGAGUUACGAGGAGACAUGACCAAAAAAAGACUGAAUAAGAUGACAAAGCGCGUUUACAAGAAGUGUACCGAACUGGAAGAGGGCUGGAAUGUUACACGACCUGUCAAAUCCGUAGCUUUGCGAGCAUGCACCUUUGCCGUGCUUCCUCUGCGCCACACUUGCUGCAGCCAUUGGAAGCCUUGGGAAGGUGCAUACUGGUUCUCAAGAGAGCCGCUAAGAGUAUACACGCAAGACGAAAUCGAGGAUAUCCACGAAGAGGACGCGGCCGAAAUUGCCCGCUUGGAAAGUUUGCUCGUUGAAUUUGAAGAAAAGCUCGACCAGAUGGACUGUUCUUUGGCAGAGUUCUUCCAGACAUAUUGGAAAAGUAGAAUGGAAGAGGUCCUUGUCGAGAUUGAAAACCAGUCCAUAACAGCAGAAGAGAUAGAGAGUGCCAGACAAUUAGGGGUUGUUUUGCAAGUUCAGCCGGCCGAGGUUGUGACGGAAGAGAUCGAAGAUAGAUCCAAUGUGCAGUACUGGAUACAAAAGAUGGAUGCGUUGGUCAAAUGA